CAAGGCCAUCCCAUCUCACCUCUUCCGAGGAUCUUGGCAUUUGGCAUUACUAAAGCUUUUCUUCAUACCAUCAAACUUUCUAACUCGAAGCAUAACCCUGACCCUUACCAGCAACUAAAAUGUACUUCACCAGUCUUUUUACCGGUGCCAUCCUGGUCGCAGGCUGUCUCGCCGCUCCCCGUGCGGCCGAGAACGCAAACGUGGCCAAGUCGGUUGAGAUGUCUCCUCGCGAGUACUGGGCCUUCGCGAUCAAGCUCCGUGACGAUGACCCCGAUAAGAUCAAACGCGAUGCCGGAGCAGAUCUUGCGGCUCGAGAAUAUUGGGCUUUUGCAAUCAAACUCCGUGACGGUGUUCCUGCAAAGCGUCAAGUGCUCGAUUCGCGUUGCGAGCAGGCAGAGGAAGGGAUCUACUGCACCUACACCAGUGCUGACAUUGAGGCAUAUGGAACCGGGCCUCGGCUCCAGGAUGGUUGUGUCACCACUGAUACGGGAGUAUCGUGCUUCUAUCCAAACCACAACUUAGGCUGAGGUGGAAUUGGAGCCUCCGGGACACUGCGUGGAUUGGGGAAUUUCCAGACUUGCAAUGG